AUGGCUCACAGCUUCCUACAGCUAAAUCAAGAGAAGACAGAGGACGGCAUCAACAUUGUGGGGCCAAGUAAUGCUGAGACCGCCCCUCCUGCCAACCCAGGGAUGUACCAACUGGACAUCACUCUAAAGAGGGGACACAACCUUGCCAUCAGGGACAGAGGAGGGACAAGUGAUCCGUAUGUGAAGUUUAAGAUUGCGGGGAAGGAGGUGUUCAGGAGCAAGACCAUCAAUAAGAACCUGAACCCGUUGUGGGACGAGAGGGUCAGCCUACUAGUGGACAGCCUCCGAGAACCUCUUUAUGUCAAGGUGUUUGACUAUGACUUCGGCCUUCAGGAUGACUUCAUGGGUUCUGCCUACCUCUACCUGGAGUCUCUGGAACACCAGAGGACCCUGGACGUGACCCUUGACCUCGAGGAUCCCCAGUACCCCGAACAUAACCUGGGAACUCUAGAGCUGGCAGUCACACUGUCGCCCAAAGAGGGAGACUUCAGGUGGAGAGAGCAGUUUGACUUCCCAUCUUUAUGAGGAGCAGGGGGGCUUCAUCGACAUACCGUCUGGGACAAAGACGCAGGCAAGAAGGACGACUUCAUGGGCAGGUGUUCGAUAGACCUGUCACCGCUCAGUAAAGAGCACACUCAUAAGUUGGACCUGCCGCUGGAGGAGGGCGAGGGCAUGCUGGUGCUGCUGGUCACACUCACGGGGGCAGCAGCAGUGUCCAUCUCGGACCUGUCGGUCAAUAUCCUGGACGACCCACACGAGAGACACCAGAUACUACAGAGAUAUAGUGUGCUGAGGUCGUUCCACAACCUGAAGGAYGUGGGAGUGGUCCAGGUUAAGGUCAUCAGAUCAGAGGGGCUGAUGGCAGCAGACGUCACAGGGAAGAGUGACCCCUUCUGUGUGGUGGAACUGAGUAACGAUCGGCUACAGACACACACGGUCUACAAGAACCUCAACCCCGUGUGGAACAAGGUCUUCACCUUUAAUGUGAAGGACAUCCACUCGGUGUUGGAGGUGACAGUGUACGACGAGGACCGAGACAGAAGUGCAGACUUCCUGGGUAAAGUGGCCAUCCCUUUACUAAACAUUGAAAAUGGUGAACGAAAAGCCUACGCUUUGAAAAGCAAGGAGCUGACAGGGCCAACAAAAGGGGUCAUCUUUCUGGAAAUAGACGUGCUUUUUAACGCUGUAAAGGCAGGUCUCAUGACGUUGAUACCCAAAGAGCAGAAAUACAUAGAGGAUGAGCCCAGAGUGUCCAAACAGUUGCUUCUGCAGAACUUCAACAGAGUGAGACGCUGCAUCCUGUUCCUCAUCAACGCCGGCUGCUACAUCAACAGCUGCUUCGAAUGGGACUCAACUCAGAGGAGCAUCUGCUCCUUCCUGGUCUUUGUUCUGGUGGUGUGGAACUUUGAACUCUACAUGAUUCCUCUGGUUCUGUUGCUGCCGCUGGUCUGGAACUAUAUCCUCAUCUCUUCGGGGAAGGACACCAGGCAAGAUGUGCAAGCGAUGGAGGACUUGCUGGAGGAUGAGGAUGAGGACUAUGACAAAGAUGACAAGGUAAUUAAUCUGUCUGUCUAUGUCAGCUACUCAGACUUGUUUUGA